GGCGUGAGACGUAUCGAGUCAAUCUACUUCACACCAUUUUUGUCAGAAACUUUAUAUUCAAAAAGUGGAUGAUUAUCUUUAUCCAGCAUUUAAGAAAUUUGCACAAAGAGCUUAAGCAUUUCCAACUGUCUCGUGUCAAACGCAUUGUAAAUUUCCUCGGUAUCGCUGUUCGAAUAAUCUUAUCGGUCCAUUUCAGACAAUAGCAAUAGUGUAAGGCAUAUUAGAAAUAUUUAUACGUUCCUCUGACACACUUACAUUUAUACGAUAAACUUAUCUGAUCUUAUCUAGAACAAAACGAGAUAAGAAUUACAUUGCUCCGAAAACUUGCCCCAAGGGCGUUUAAGCCUGAAGCAGAUAUUCCGUGGGAAAUGCUGAUGUGUUGUAGGAUGUGAACGGUGAUUGGUAAAAAUGGCUACCGCUUCGAAGAGGACAAUCAGGAUAACAGUGGUGGGAGACGGUGCAACGGGAAAGACAUGUCUCCUAAUCGCAUACAAAGAUAAGAGGUUUGACGAGAGAUAUGUACCGACAGUUUUCGAUGUAUAUUCUAUGACUAUUCCAAUCAAUGGUCUGGAGUAUACUGUCGUAUUGUCUGAUACUGCUGGUCAAGAGGAGUUUGAUAAGCUGAGGAGAUUUGCAUAUAAAGAUGUUGACUGUUUUAUACUAACAUACUCCGUAGAUGAGCGCACGUCAUAUGAAAAUGUUUCUUCAAAAUGGAUUCCAGAGCUAAGAAAAUUCGCACCAAAGGCAAAGAUUAUAUUAGCAGGUACAAAGAAGGACCUUAAGCGCGAUGAUCCUAACCAUAUAACGACACAGGAGGGCGAGGACCUGGCACAGUUCAUUGGUGCCAACGGUUUCGUAGAAAAUUCGUCGAAAUCGAUGAGUUUCGUUGACGCUACCUUCCAGAUGGCUAUAACAUCAGUGAUCCAGAAUAAAAAUUUCUUGAAUGUCAACAGACAAACAAGAGACUGCUGCACCUGCGUUUGACUUUUAAGAGCUAUAGAGUAUUUAUUAGGCAUACGGCAGAACCUUAAUUACGAUUGAUAUUACGUGGCAAGAAUAUUGGAUAGUGGUCGAUAAUAUACAAAAUGUGUUAGCAAUAUAUGAGAAACAGUAUUUUAUUAAAAACAGAAUCAAAUGAUCUCUAGCUAAUUAUGCCCGUUAAUCCGAGACGGCUACUUUUUGUCUGUUGAGUUACAUGUCAUGAGUGACACUGCCUUCUAUACUACAACUAUUUAAAACUGUAAUGACUCAUACGCAUGAUCAACACGUGAUCAGAGCUCGAUCCCGGCUUCCUUCAGUACAGCCG